AUGGCUAUCUCUAUUGUUCUUGCUAAUUUUCUUAUAUACGUUGUUAUGGUAUUUUUUAUGUUUAUCGGUUUAUAUGCCGGUUACAAAGAAACAAAAACAAAGACGGAUUUUUUGUCAUCUAUUGGAACUCAAACGGCUUUAAGCCUGGCAGCAAAUUGGUUUGCUUCGAACCUUGGAUCUUCUGUCUUAUACGCUUAUCCUGAAGUUGGUGUACGAGCUGGUAUCCUUGGUAACUUUUGGUACGCGUUCGGUAGUACUAUUCCGCUUAUGGUGUUUGCCUGGCUUGGUCCUAAAUUAAGGAAAAAAUGCCCUGAUGGAUUCCUUUUAACAUCAUUUGUUUCUGAAAGAUUUGGUAGAAUUAAUCAAAUUUAUGUUUCAUUAAUGUCUAUGGCAUAUAUGUUUUGUUAUAUGGUCAGCGAAUUAUCAGCUAUUGAUGGUAUAUUGAGUCUUUUGACUGGAUAUGAUUUCUCUCAUGUUCCUAUAAUUCUUAUUACUAUUACGACUACUCUUUAUACUGUGCAAGGUUGGGCUAUUGCUAUUCUUUUAAUAAUCUCAGCAAUAGGAUUUGGUGUUACAGUGAAACUUGAUCCAGGAGUAGUUAAUUCUAGUCCGCUCCUACAAUCAAAUAAAUUGGGUUGGGAAUUAUUAUAUAUUAUGCCUGUUGCCGUUACUUUUGCCAACUUAUUCCAUCAGGGUUAUUGGCAACGAGCUUUCUCUUCUAAAAAUGAUCAUGAAUUAGUACAUUCGGCAAUUUAUGGAAGUCUUUUACUUUUUCCCACUUUAUUCUUAAUUGGUUUUACGGGAAUUAUUGCAGCUUGGGCUGGUACAUGGCCAGGAUCUGAUCCUAAUAAUCCUGUAGAUCCUGACAUGUCAUUCUUUUCACUUUAUACAUUAUUACCUGAUUGGGUUAAAGGUUUUGUUGUAAUCUUAUCAGUUAGUUUAAGUUGUUCGGCUUAUGAUACUUUACAAAGUGCUAUGGUAUCUACUAUGUCAAAUGAUUUAUUCGACAAUAAACUUCCUUUAACGAUUAUUCGAUGCCUGACAGUACUUUUCAACAUUCCUGCUGUAAUUCUUGGUAUCAGAAAUCUUGAUGUUCUUGUAGUAUUUUUAGUUGGAGACCUUAUAGCAGCUGCAGUAAUGCCACCAAUCCUUCUUGGUCUUAUAGAUUCACUUUAUUUUCUAAAUGGAUUUGAUUCAUUAGUAGGUGGUUUAGGAGGGUUUUUUUCAAUAUUUAUAUUUGGAUCAGCGUAUUUUAAUAGUGCAUAUGAAGGGGCACAAUUAUUUAUUUUAUCAAAUGGUCUUUACACUGAUGAUUAUUCAGUAUUAGGAGCAUUUAUUGUUGCACCAUUUGUAAAAUCUGAAGAUAUUGAAAAUGUUGUGACUAAAGAUACUGAAGAUGCUAUGAUUAAAGAUUCUCAUAAUAUGUCUAAAAUAGUAUAA